AUGGAGCUUUCCAAGCUUGCUAUGGCCGUGUCCUUUCUCGCUGGAGCAGUGCUAGCCACCCCAGUAGGUCUUCCAGCAGGUCCUCCAGUGAUCAUUAGAGUAUUCCCUUCGGUCCGUGUCUGCAAAGAUGUGAAGUUUGGCCUCCCUUGUAAUACUGUGCUAUCUAAUUACAAUGAAUGUGUCAACGUUCCGGAUGGCUACAAUGACAAGAUAUCCUCCCUACAGCCAAAUAAAGAGGCCGGAAACUGCCGCUUCUUUCAACAUAUCAACUGUAAUGGCCCAUCAUUUGACUCUCUAUAUCCUGGAUUUGACGACCUUACCACUCAACUUCCUGGAUUCAAUGAUCAGAUUAGUUCUUGGCAAUGCUAUGGUCGGCUGCCUGCUCUUAGUGGCCCUAUUCCUACAUAA